UGAUUUGAUAACAGCUUCAUUGUUAUUUCUUUGCAUACCUACACAACCAAGUCCUCACAAGGCCAGCCAUGCAGCAAAGAUGGGCAACUCUCAGAGUGCGCACAAGAUUUCUGCGCAUGACAGGGCAAUCCUGGACAUGAAGAACCAACGCGACAAACUCCGCCAAUACCAGAAGAAAAUCACGGUAAUAACGAACCGCGAAACCGAAAUCGCGCGCGAAUGUCUCGCAAAGGGCGACAAACCCAAAGCCCUCCUCGCCCUACGACGUAAGAAAUACCAAGAAUCCCUCCUCUCCAAGACAGACGCGCAGCUCGAACAGCUCGAGAAACUCACGAGUAGCGUGGAGUUCGCGCUCGUGCAGAAAGAUGUGCUCUUCGGUCUACAACAAGGCACGCAGGUGCUCAACAUGAUUCACAAGGAGAUGGGCGGGCUGGAAGGUGUCGAGAAGAUGAUGGCCGACACGGAGGAGGCGAGACGGUAUCAGGAAGAGAUCAGCGAGGCGCUGGCUGGGCAGAUGUCCAACGAGGACGAAGAUGAGGUCGAGGAUGAACUUGAAGCUAUGGAACGAGAAGUCUCCGGUGUGAGUGCGCUGCCUGAUGCGCCGAACAAGACGGUUGUGGGAGAGGGCACGCUGCCCGAUGCACCGCAGACGGAGCUGGACAAGAUACAGAAGCAGAAAGAACGGGCCAGGCAGAGAAGAGUUGCGCUGGAAGCAUCUUGACGCGAGUGUGAAUGGUAUGGCAUGGUAUGGCAUGGUAUGGUAUACAUUUGAUGGUACAUAUUCGCGUGUUAGCGGGCGAGAGGACGAGGCUAUUGCCCAGGCAUUGAUUUAUUGACAUUGGUCAAUCCUUGGAUCAAUUUGUGGUCUUGAGGGUUUGCGGCAGCUUCAUAAAGAACGCUAACCGGCUCGCGGUUGAGAGCCAUGAAAUCACCCUUGAAGCCUAGGUAGGCGAUCUGAGUGACGUCCUCGUCGCCGCCAGAGUGGUUGUCCUCGAAGAAGAGAUUGAUGGACGUCGUGCCGUUCCAGAGAGCGCGGUUCAAGGGGAUCUCGGCGACAUCGUUGCUCUUCGGGAGGGAUAGAAUUUGGGUCGGUUUCAAGUCUGUGGCCGUGCUGAAGUCCAUGUCGUCGCGGUUGCGGAAGAGUUUGAGGGUCAUGGGUGCUGAGUCGGUGUCCGAGGUGCGGAUGAGGAUCGAAUAUAGCUUGCAUGAACCGGCGAAAGGGAUAUGCAUGAGGAGUUGCUCGUCUGCGUCGCUUUUGAGGGUGGGCUGUUCAUUAAGACGUUCAUCCCAUGUCUUCUGGACAACAGCCGCACCUGAGCGAGGUUCAGCCUCGUUCAAUGUGAUUAUGCCUUCAAAGUUGA